GGCCCAACCUGGUGCUCCUGGGGCCCAACCUGGUGCUCCUGGGGCCCAACCUGGUGCUCCUGGGGCCCAACCUGGUGCUCCUGGGACUGAGGCAGAGUAUUUUGGUGCCCCUGGGGUUCAGCCAGUCUAUCCUGGAGCAUUAACUUGGACACAACCUGGAUAUCCUGGUGCCCCUGGAUUCUAUCCCGGAGCCCCAACUGGAUAUCCUGGCCAGCCUGGAGGACCUGGGCUUUUUCCACCUGGAUAUCAACCUCCUGCUUUACCUGCUGCACCAGCAGACCAAUUGACUGUGCCCCCUAUGCUAGGGGUUGGAGUUGCACCCCUCUUACCCUCCACCACUCCUGUGGGAUAUUCUGAGACUCCCUCUGCUUUGACCAAUUUGGCUCCAACUCGCUAUGCGGAGACGCUGGAUGCCCUGCGCUCCCUUUCCCAGCUGAAUGACCUCUACCAAACUCUCAGAGACCAGAUCGCCAUGCUGGACUACUACAAAUGUGGCCAUUCUGAUCUCCGCAGGCUACAGGACUUCCUCACCGAUGCACUUUAUAAGACCUUUGCUACCAUCCCACCUAAUCUGUCAGAAAAACUUGAUGCUAUGCGUUCCUUGGAAGAAGACUUCAAAUCUGAGAAAGAGGUGUUAAGGAGGAUUCAGAAUGCAAUUGAAGGAGAACCGCUGGGAGGAGAAGAGGUAGAAAAAAUAGAGGGAGCUAAUCAAAUCACCUUGCAAGUUGGUUAUCUCAGAGCAACAGUGCAAGAUAUAGAGAAAGAGCUAAAGGAACUGAGACAGAAACAAGAUAUGGGGAAAGCCAAAUUGGAGCAGUCGAUGACAGACAAUGCCUAUUACCUCCAGGAGCAGUUAGACAAGCUUAGAUCUGUCAUAGAGAACAUGAUGUCAUCCUCGUCAACUUUGCUGUCCAUGAGCAUGCCACCCAUCCCAGAGUCUGGUGCAGCUCAAGUCCAAGGCGCGUGUGCAGCCUGCAGCUUAGAUGUCAGUGAGAAGGUUAGCCAGUUGUUCAAGCGCUACGAGCAGUUACAGGACUCGGUCAACAACUUCAUGUUGAGGCAGGCAGAAAGCAAAACGAAGAAACCCAAGCAACGUCAGGAUGAAGAGGUGCUCAACCAAAUCCAGAGUACUAUCCUGCAAGUCCAAGAAGAUUGUGAGAAGCUGAAUGCCACUACUGGCAAUCUUGUUGAAGAUCAUCACCAGAAACAGAAAGAGAUCAGUGCAUUGUACAAAUCACUGGAGAAACUGGAAAAUGAAAAAGUUGACAAAGAUUCCCUAGAGACGGAAAUCCAUGUGAAAGCAGAUAAGACUGCCCUUGCAGCAAAGGUCAGUCGUACCCAGUUUGAUGCCACCACAGAACAGCUACAUAAGAUGAUGCAGGAACUGCUUAAUAAGAUGGUUGGGCAAGAACAAGACUGGCAGAAAAUGCUGGACAAACUCUUGAUUGAAAUGGACUCCAAGCUGGACCGCUUGGAACUGGAUCCCUUCAGGCAGCAGUUGGAAGAUCGUUGGAAAGAUAUUCGGAAACAGUUGAAGCAAAGAGUUCCACAAGAUGAAGGCGAUGAGGCUGCAGGGAUCAGAAGGAGACUCCUGGCUCACUUCCACUGCAUUUCUUGUGACCGACCCUUAGAGAUGGUGGUGCCCGGCCCGCGAAUUACGACUCUCCCAGCUGUUCCAGGUUUACCUGCUCAUCAAUCCCUCCGGCCGUAUAUGGUUUAUGAAAUGGAACAAAUCAGGCAACUGAACCGCAACAAUUUGAAAUUAGGACCGGGUGUUCGUUUUGAUGCCCUGGAGAAGAGUGCUAGUCUGAACAAGUUACGGCGCAUCCAUUCCAAGAUGCUCAUGGACAUACAGAAGGUGCAGAGUCAUUAUGGCGGAGCUGCCAGGGUCAACGCUCAGAUGAUCAGGGAAGCCCUUCAGUCCCAGUAUCUUGGCUCAAGCCCUUUUGGCAAACGAGAGAGACUUCCGGAGGCUGACUUUAGCUUCAUGAAUGUACCUCGGCACUGUGGAGGCAGCCAUACCCUCACCCAUCCAUUCAGACGCUAUGUGAAACUACAACAGUUCAGCCAGAGUAUUCCCCCUGUCCAACCAGAUGAAAGCCCCAUGCUGGCAGUGAUGAAGCACGAAGAAGUAGAUAUACUGGGUCUUGAUGGUCAUAUUUACAAAGGACGUAUGGAUACACAUCUUCCAUCAAUAACCGGAAAAGAAUAUGUCCCAAGAACAAGAAGCAAGCUCCUUCGGUCUUCCUCACAAAGGCAGCAGCAUCCCAUGCUCAGUGACCUGGCCAACCUCCCUGCUCGCCCCCAAACUGCAAAAGUGUCUAUGGGCAGCAUGUCAGCUAAAUCAAUAACAGACAAGUCUGCCUCUCCGUUAAGGAACUCGGAAGAGCCUGGAAAUUUGGACAGAGAAACAAUUGAGGUCCGAAUGACGAUUGCCUCGAGACAACGGUCUGAUGAACAGUCUACCUAACCCAAGAGGAUUCAGUUUUGCACUUGCAUAGAAGAAUGUGGUUCUCACUGAUGAAGCCAGACAAUAAAGAGUAUUCUAAAGGAGAA